CUAGGGUUUACGACCCUUCAUUUUUGCAGUACCAGCAGCAGCGCUCUGGUCCUCCUCUCCGCUCCUCCGCUCCCCUCCCCUUCCCUUCCCCGCUGGUCAUCGGCGCUUGCGAUCCACGCCCCGACCGCGCUCCGACUACGCUCUACCUUCUUUCGCCUCUCUUUUCCGCUUCUUUUGACUUCUUUCGCCCUCGCUCUCGUGGCGUGUUGCGUCAGCUCUGUGAUUUGGAGGUCUCAAUGUCUCAGUUACGGCUGAGAAGUAGCGACCAGCAAGUGGUCCAAUAGGUCCUAAAACUAUUUUGCAAUCGUGUUGAGACUAUGAACAGGCCACCGCAUUUUUUUCGCCUGGACCUGGUGAUUGUGCUGUCCUGUUGCGGCUUGAGCGAUAUCUCGCAUACAGAAAUUUUAGUCCUCUGAAGAAAAUACUAGCCGCGUAAAUCAGGACGUGUAUAACUAUACACUGCGCCAUGGCGAGUUCUCUGUCAGACAUGUCUACUCAGUCAGGACUAGCAGGUGGGACAUCUGGUGUGAAUGGAAGGCUCGAGGAACCUGAUCACUCAAGUGCCUAUUGGUAUUUUAGUCGGGAAGAGAUUGAGAAACAUUCGCCUUCCAGAUUGGAUGGAAUUGACAUCAAGAAGGAGACAUACUUCCGGAAGUCCUACUGUACGUUUUUGCAAGAUCUUGGCAUGCGGUUGAAAGUGCCUCAGGUUACUAUUGCAACAGCCAUUGUGUUCUGCCAUCGGUUUUUCCAUCGACAAUCGCACAAGAGGAACGACAGAUACAUGAUAGCCACCGUGUGCAUGUUUUUGGCUGGGAAAGUGGAAGAGACACCCCGUCCUCUUCGAGAAGUUAUCGUGUUCUCUUAUCACAUUCGGUUCAAGAAAGAUCCAUUAGCUAAGGAGCGAAUCAAACAGAAGGAAGUUAUUGAAGAACAGAAAGAGUUGGUUUUGGCUGGGGAGCGGUUGGUCCUGACCACUUUGGGCUUUGAUUUGAACAUUCAUCACCCAUACAAACCCUUGGUGGCAGCUAUCAAGAGAUUCAAAGUGGCUCAGAACACUCUUGCGCAGGUUGCAUGGAAUUUUGUGAAUGACGGACUUCGCACGUCACUUUGCCUGCAAUUUAAGCCUCACCACAUCGCUGCGGGAGCUAUCUUCCUCGCUGCUAAGUUUCUCAAAGUGAAUCUGCCGAAGGAGGGUGAUAAAGUGUGGUGGCAGGAGUUCGAAGUUACCCCAAGACAAUUAGAAGAAGUUAGCAAUCAGAUGUUGGAACUUUACGAGCAGAAUAGAAAUAACGGCGCAACAGGCUCACUGGCUAACGACCCAAGCCCCAGUGAAAUGAACCGGGGCCAUGCUCCAGCAAGUUCAUUCCAAGCACCUUCUGCAAAUGGAAAUCACCAACAGCAAAGCACUUCAGGAAAACCUCAAGCAGUGGAAUCGAAUGCAGAUGAAGCCUCUAGCCACCAGGUUGAAGACAAGGCAGGCGAUACUUUGCGGUCGUUGUCACCUCGUGAGCGUACCUCGGAUGCUAGACGGAAGGGUGGUCCUGAGCCACCUGAAGGACAAAUCCUGAACAGGGUGAUUAAGCAGGAGAUAACUGUGAAAACUAAAGUGGUUAGAGCAAAUGUGGAAAAAAAUGAGCUGCAUAUCGAGAGUAGAGAUUUCAAUUCUAUUGCUACUCAAGUCGAUAAGAAAGAUGGAGAAUCUGUCGCAUGAGAGUGGCAAAGAAUGUGGAUUGGUUGAGACGGAAAAAAGAAAAAAAAGAAAAAAAAGGAAAAACAGAAAAAAGACUCAAGAAGAGAGCAGUCAUCUUCGUUUAAUCUGAUGCUGUGAUAGUGAAUCAAGAGCUUCAGAAAUAAGAGUUUCGGUAGUACAGAAUAAUAUGAGGAUUGGUGAGCUUGAAUAUGGUCGACUAAGACGAGCCGAAGGCACCUUUGCAUCUGGGAACAUAAAUUAUGCCACUUAAUCAGAGAUGGAGGGUGCAGGUGCGCCACGUAAUCAAAAGUUAGAAAGGAUCUUGGGUGUCGUUUAACUUUGUGAACGAAGCUGUACACUUUGCUAGCUUAUGGAAGUAUAGGUGCGCUGAUUGUUUCUAAUAAUCGGGGGUAAAAAUGAUGGCGGUGAUGUCGACACUGUCGAACUCUUCACCGUGUGAUCGAGUUGGAAAAUUUAAUAGCGGAGGUGGUUUUGUUUCUUUAAUUUCAAAGAACACUUUUAAGGAGAAAUAAUCGUACCAGCGUUUAAGGCAACAGGGAACUCCCUCGAGUCUAAUGACCACGCUGAUGUAGAAUGGGACAAUAGGGCCAAAGGGGACAUUUUCCAGAAAGGGUGGAAGAUGAUGAAUUGACGAGGACAGGUGGCAGCCUGAGGCCUUCAUCAUGAUCAGCAGAUAAGAAGUCUCUCCCUCAUCGUAGUCGGUCUUGGGGCUCAGAGCUCUGAAGAAGCUGAAGGGCACGGGAAUUAGAAAAAAGGGUACAAGGAUAGGAGGCAUUACCCUCACACCCGGAGCACUACAGAGAUUAUCAUUCUUCACACUAAAAGUAUGGUCGAAUGACUGGGGAGAAAUUUUUACCUUAACCUUAAAAGAUUUAGGCCUUAAUGAGUGGGAGAUGCAAGAGUACAUUUUUGAUAGUUUAGGGGUUUUUGUCAUUGAGAGAAGAGUUCCUUUCACGAAUAGAGCGUGCUAUUUUCCAGUAUUCAUCAUGCUGUGAAACCAGUGAGGAGAUGUAUUAUAGAUUUUUUACGGUUAACUAACGUGGAAAUCGAGGGAGGAAACACUUUGAUGUUGAUAUGCGGAUUUGGAAGUAACAGCAGCAUGCGUACUUCCGACGAGACGCGCGAGUUCUUUGUUAACAUGGUAAUGUUAUUUUUCUCCGAACAUCCGCCACUCGUUGCCUCUCAUGCUUGAUUCCUAACGGUUCAGUCAUCAAAGA